AUAACGCGAUUAUAGUCACGUGACUGCUUUAGCUUGGGUUUCACAGGCUGUAUCGAAAAUUGAAUUGCCUACUAGAUCUGAGUGGUCGUGUGCAUUAAUUUUUGUAUAUUUAGUGAAUUUUGACUGAAAAAAGCUUACAUCAUGUCAUCGAAGUCUAAAAAAACGGUGACUUCGUCAUCUAAUAUAAGUGUUGUGUCAUCAGUGCAAAGCCCUCCCCAAUCAAGCACUCCUGUUGGUAGCCGCGCUUCUAGUUCUUCCGGAAGGCCUACAAGCCCUCUCAGCCCUACAAGACACACUCGCAUGCAAGAAAAAGAUGCAUUGCAAAACCUUAAUGACCGCUUGGCAGCUUACAUUGAUAAAGUUCGCAAUUUGGAAAUUGAAAAUUCAGGACUUCGCCGUGAAAUUCAAACUACACAGGAGGUGGUCACACGCGAGGUUACCAAUAUAAAGGGAAUGUAUGAACAUGAAUUACAAGAUGCGAGAAAGCUUUUGGAUGAUACUUCACGCGAAAAAGCGAAGGUGGAAAUUGAUAUGAAAAGAUUGUUUGAAGAAAAUCAAGACCUAAAGAAACGAUUGGACAAGAAGACAAAAGAAUUCCAACAAGCAGACAAUUUGUGCCGUCACUAUGAGGCCCGCUACACUGAAGAGAGCAACAAGUACAACAAUGCACUUGCUGACAAGAAGAAGGCGCAGGAUGAAGCCAGGGAUCUGGCCAUGGAACUUGAAGAGCUCCGCAAACUAUAUGCUGACACCAGGAAGAACCUGGAGUCGGAGAUGCUGUGCCGUGUGGACAACGAGAAUACUGUGCAGAGUCUGCGCGAAGAGCUCUCCUUCAAGGACCAGGUGUAUGAGCAGGAGCUACAAGAGACUCGUACCCGCAGACAAGUGGAGAUCUCUGAAAUUGAUGGUCGAUUGGCUCAACAAUAUGAAGCUAAGUUGCAACAGAGUCUACAGGAGCUCCGGGAGCAACAGGAAGCUAACAUCAAAGCCAACCGCGACGAAAUUGAAGCUCUCUAUGAGAACAAGUUAAAGAAUCUGCAAUCAGCCUCAAAUCGCAACAGCAACGCGGCGUCUGUCGCUGUUGAAGAGUUGCGCACCAUGCGCACGCGCAUUGACUCGCUCAACGCUACGCUCAACGACUUGGAGAACAAGAACGCCGCGCUCAGCAACCGUUGCCGAGAGCUCGAGCGUCAGUUGGAGACGGAGCGCGCUCGCCACGCCGAGGACCUGGCCUCGCUGGAACAGGAGCUGUCGAGGCUGCGCGACGAGAUGGCGGCUCAGCUGCGGGAGUACGCCACGCUCAUGGACAUCAAGAUAUCGCUGGACCAUGAGAUUGCAACCUACAGGACUCUACUCGAGGGCGAGGAAGACAGGUUGAACCUGACCUCUCAAUCGACGGGCCGUGACUCCCGCGCGUCCGUGAGCGGCAGCGGCCGAGGAACGCCGGCAGCCCGCCGCGCCACUCCGCUGCGGGCCGCUCGCAAGAGAACCUUGCUCGACGAGACUGAAGAGCGAAGCCUGCAAGACUUCAGCGUCACCUCCAACGCUAAGGGAGACUUGGAGAUCUCCGAGGCCUGCCCCGAUGGCACCUUCGUGAAGAUCAGGAAUAAGGGAAAGAAGGAACAAAGCCUCGGUGGUUUCCAAAUAGUCCGCAAGGCGGGCGAUCAGGAGACGCUGUUCAAGUUCCACCGCACUGUGAAGCUGGAGCCGGGCGCCGUGGCCACGGUGUGGUCGGCGGACGCGGGCGCAGACCACGACCCGCCCGCCAACAUCGUCAUGAAGGGACAGAAGUGGUUCGUGGCCGACACCUUCACCACCACGCUCAUCAACAGCGAUCAGGAGGAGAUAGCUGUGUCGGAGCGGCAGCGGCGUCAGAUCAGCACCAGCGCGCAGAGACACCGCGAGUUGGCGCACAAGUUCCCCCGGCGGGAUAUCGCGUUGGGAGAGGUUCGUGAAGGAGAAGAGAACUGCCUUAUAAUGUAACAAGAAGAUAUUAUAAUGUAAAACAAUUCAACAUUUUAUGUUCAAUAUUGGUGCCGUCACUUCACCGAUAACUUAUAAAACCAGGGAGCCAGUCCCUUUAGGUUAUAGUUAUUAUAUUGGAACACAAUGGUACGAUAGAUGAUUCUAGAACUUCCAUUAAUUAUCUUGUCAUAUUUUUACAAGUGCAAAGAAUUUAUAUAACGUAAAUUAUAGUUUAAUUAAUUUAUGUAGAAGACUCCGGUAAAAAGUUUACAUUUGGGUUGUCUUUUUAUGAACUUAGAUGUUCAUUUUAACUACAUAUAUCAGAAAGUAUGAGAAAUUUAACAUUAUAGAGAAUGUUAAUUUUGUUGAGGUUACUAAGACAAGUUAGAAUUUGGUUUGCGAUAUUUGGUAAAUAAUUUUUGAUUCAAUGAUAAGAAUAUUAAAGAUUCCAUUAUAAGCUAUAUGCAGGCAUUGGAAAGAUGCGUAAAAUAUUUAAUUAUGUUCAUAAAACGGCAAUUUAAUACAUGCAAGUGACAUAAAUAAUAAUGAAAAAGGAAUUGAUAUAUCACUGCAAUAUUUGAACAUUUAAAAAUCAGCUCAACGGGUUUUUUAAAAUUGACCGACUUUAAAAAUCCUUGCAUAUUUGUUUAAGAAAUAAAGUUUUAAUGCUAUGGCUCACACUCUUUGUACUGCAUUGUUUUUUUUAUUAAUUUAAUAAGAAUAUAUGCAAGCAUAUGAUAAUAUUAUUUUAUACUAUUAUUACAUAUUCUUCACUAAGAGGUAAAUUUAGCAAUGUCCACAAUGGUGCAAUUUCUACAAAUGAAAAGAAGACAAGUGAAAUUGUCCUUCAUACCUAGUGAAAUAUAGUACUUUUUAUUACACCUAUAAGGAAAUUAAAAUUGAAUUAUUUAUAAUUUUAGCAAAUAAAUUGGGGUCUUUAAACACAAAGUUUAAGUUUUUAUAACUAGCCAGUAUCAAUGUAUGUCAAAAUAUUCAAUAUACAAAAAAAAUAAGAAAAACACGUACCAUGUGUAUACUCCCGCGAAAACUUUUUAGUAAUAGGUUGUCAUUCAACUUUUCCGCGUAUUUGUAUGUUAUAAAUGACCUACCUUUGGACCAAUUCUCACAUCAUAUUUUAUUAAUUUUAAAUUAGAAGUUCUAUUGGAUUGUAAUUAAUCUAUCGUGCCAUUACUAGUGCCUCUUGCAAUGUAGCUAUCGAAAAAUUAAAACAUCACUUAAGCCUUUGCUACUCUGUGGAGGUGAGCACUACACGCCGCUUUAUUGGCUACGAGUCCACAGUGUAGAGAGUACAAAUUUUAUGUGGUUUACUAUUGUGUGAUUUGUCGGUAAGUAUACAAUGAGUUUUAUGUCUAGUACCCCACCACGUUGCGAAUAAUCACGAAUCAUGUUCGCUUACAUCAUUUAUUGAUCAAUAAGAAACCGUAGAUGAAAUCUACUAAAAACUAAGUUUGUCAGAUAAUACUGACACAAUAAUUUUCAUUAGUUUCUAAGACAAAGUUGACUUUAUCACUAGUUGUCAAUGUAGGUUAGGUUACAUUAUUCGUUUUCAUAUUAAUAAAUUAUUUUUAUAUCUAACAGGUGCAAGUCUCAAUAAGAGAAAUAAAGAUAAAGCAUUUAUGACGAUAUUAAAAUUAUUUUUGUAUUGUAUUCUUUUUUGAAAAUUCAUAGUAAUUUUAGAUUAUAGAUAAUUAAGUGCUGUCAUGGUCAUAUUUUUCGUAGAGGUUCGAAUCUGAUGGUUUUCACGUGUUGUGUUUAGAACUAAUCAUUUAAUCAUUUGGUUUAAAUAAUUAUUAUUUCGUCGAUGUGCAAAAUACAUAUAAAAUAAAUUUAUAUUUAGGAUUAAUCAA